AUGUGGGAUUAUUUGUUAGUACUAUGGGACGAUUUUAUUGAGAAGGCGGAUACAGCGGUAAAGGAGGAUAAGAACUUUCAAGAACUCUUUUGGCACCAUGUACUGGAAGUGUGGGAGCACUUUAAAGAAUAUAUGCAAAAUGCGGAAGAUGAAAUAAUAGAACUUUUCUGUGGUCCCGGAAUGCAAGAACAGAGUGGUGGAAUGUGGAACGAAGAAGACCAAGGUAUAUGCGGGUUGACACUUAUAGCAUUGUCCUUUAAAUAUGGACUUCACUUGGGCGCGUCCGGUGAGACCCCACAGAGUGCGAACACUGGGGCAGACGGCAUAAUACCAUAUAUGAAAUGUAUUCUAGUAAAUAUAUUUAUGAAGAAAAUAGUCGGGGAGAAAUGUUUAGAAACUGCUGGUGGAAGGCAAGCAUUUGAAGCUGCGCAGGCCUUGAUGACUGCGCAAUCCGCCACACCGCGCAAUACUACAUGUGAGGGCCAGGAUUUACAGUCGGGUGACAGCAGCCAGAAUCCGGACAAUUGGACAUUGCUGCACAUAAUGCGACGGUGGUUUGAGCGGAAUAAAACGCGGUUAAGGGAUGGGGAUGUGGGAGUAUUAGGCAGUGAUUGCAAAGUACACGCACGUGGAAGAGCAUCGGACGGGGAGGCCUUAAAAGAAGACAUAAAGAAAGAAAUUGGGGUACUGGGGAAGGAUAUAACAGACAAGGUGCAGCAAAUAUUGCCGGAGGUACGAACGUGUACAGAUAACACAUGUGUAAAAGGUAUAUUAGAGAAGAAGAACCAGGAGGAGGGGACAUCACGUUCAAGGACUCCAGGAGUACAACAGGCUGCAGGGUCACAGGGGCCACAGCCAACAACACCAUCAUCAUCAACAUCACCGGGCACGUCAGAACCGGGUACUGCAGAUAACGUAGCUGGGGCCGUGGCCACACACGCGGACGGCUCAAAACCAGCAGCUACAGCAACGGCGGAAACCACACCAUCACUAAAGGAAACGUCAGUGCCAGCACCUAAACCUGCGGCGACGAAGCCGGCAACAUCAGAUACUGCAGUAGGGAGGUCACAAACACCGGCAUCCCCCGUAUUACCAGCCAGACCACCACCACCUCCACCAGAACCGGCAGGAAAACAAGGGGAAAAGGCUGGAGCAGAGGCGCCGACGCCAAAAGGGCCUGGUAUCGAUGAUCAGAAGGAUAAAACAACAGGUAAAGACUCUACAGCAAAUACAGGUACCCAGGACCCCCAGGUACCAGCAGAACCCGCACCGGGACCAGUACCACCAUCAGAGGCGUCAGCAGUCACAGAACCACGCGCAACGGGCGGUGCAGGGGAAGUGCACACUACAUCACACCCCGGUUUUCCGAUUCCCGAUAAGACAUGUUUCUACGGCAUUGCUCAUUCAAACUGUACUAAAGUGCAUGGUUCCUUCGUCCUUAAUGAUGAUACGGACAACACAGGUACCGGGCGCGCGUCCCCCGGUACUGCCUCCUCUCCUAGUAUUACUAACACUCAAAGUACCCGUUCUAAUAAAAAAAGUGGCACUAAUGAUUUUGUAUUAGGAUCAGAUCCUCCACAAGCAGCAGGUGACUUAGGAGGACAUUACGCACCAGGCCCUCCACAGGUGCCCCAUACUGUACACCCAAAGAAUGUGCCUUCGAAUGAUGAUGGUCCCGAUGUACCCGACCUAACCGGCACGGUCCUCACCGCCACUACUCCCGUCCUCGCCUUCGUCACUUUGGUCAUCGUCGCCCUUCUUGGUUAUUCCCUUUGGAAAGCGAGUACACUAGGUACAUCAUCGGGUAAUGAAACAAGCCAAAUUGACACAGAAGAUGCAGCUACAGUUGGAACGACCACCGUAUCGUUGAGUGGUGAACCAGAUAUAGGGAAACGGGGUCAGCGUAAUUUUUACGACGCUUAUGCGUCGGGUGCACCGAAGAACAGGGUGUUCGUGGACAUGCUGAGAAAAUUCAAGCCCAGGGACAAAGUAAACGAGCCACGACCUAUAAAGAGCAAGCCACAGGGUGCAACAGCACAGAACAAGCUCAAGCAACUGUGUCAGAAAUUGAAACAGUGUAAAAUGGGGAGAAGAGCAUGGAUAAAGCUUAUAGUAGUACUCUCAGUCCUGUAUUCAUUCUGUAUGUCCUCCGCAGGACAAAGCACGCUUAAUUACGCGUUAGUGGGGAUCUUUACGUUAAAUUUACAAGCUCUUAGUUACCUUGCCGGGCUUGCACCGUUCAUAGUGUUUACUAUUAUAUAUUUGUGUGUGCUACUGAGAUUCUGCCGAUCCAAAAGAGCGAAAUGUUUACUGGAUAAAAUUUGGAAGAAGAAGAAGAAGAAGGAGGAAGGUCCCACAGAAACGAAAAACAACGAAGGAAAAGUAAAUAAGAAACCGGAGACACCCGGGAAGCAGAAGGUACCUGGAAAACCAGAAGUACCUAACAAGCAGGAAGCAUCUGGGAUAUUAGAGGUACCUAAGAAACCUGAGACACCCGGGAAAUCAGAUGUACCUCAGAAACAGGAAACACCUAAGAAACCAGAAGUACCUAACAAGCAUGAAGCAUCUGGGAUAUUAUCGAAGUAUCUAACAAAUCGGAUGUACCUAGGAAACCAGAAGCACCCGGGAAAUCAGAUGUACCUCAGAAACAGGAAACACCUAAGAAAACAGAAGUAUCUAACAAAUCGGAUGUACCUAGGAAACCAGAAGCACCCGGGAAAUCAGAUGUACCUCAGAAACAGGAAACACCUAAGAAACCAGAAGUACCUAACAAGCAUGAAGCAUCUGGGAUAUUAUCGGUACCUAAGAAACCUGAGACACCCAGGAAAUCAGAGGUACCUGAGAAACAGGAAACACCUAAGAAACCAGAAGUAUCUAACAAAACGGAGGUACCUGGAACCACAGAAGUGCCAAAGAAACCGGAAGUACGCGCAAAAGCACAAGCACCUGGGGAACCAGAAGUACUCGUGA